AUGUAUGCUCUCAAUCCUCUGCUAUUCACUGGGCUCGACAGGAGCAAGACAAGUCUAUCUGCGUCCCUCUGGGUGCUUGCCAUCGAUUCCGGCAAUGGUGGCCGCAAGGUCGGCAUUGUGAUUGAUGCGUCGGGGUCGAUGGAAGAUAACGACCCAAGGAACCUUAGACUGCAGGCCGCAAAGUUGCUUGUUGACAAGCUUAUCUCCCCUUCCGAGGUCACGGGUGACCAGACAGCCGACGAAGUGGCUGUCAUCGAGUUCACCCAUACAGCUGAUGUGCUCUAUCCCCUUGGUGAUCCCAGCGGUGCAGGACCUGCCGUUGACGGGAUCAUUGCUGAUGGCGGCACAUUCAUCGGCAGCGGUGUUAAUGCUGCCAUCGAUGAGCUCACGAAGAACUCGGCAGCGGCUGGUCAGACAGGCAUCCUUGUGCUGACUGACGGCGUUGAUGAUCCCUCUUACUUCACCCCUGAGACCAUUGCAUCCAUCGACCGUGCACAGGAACUUGGCAUUCGGGUUUCCUUUGGCUUCUUGUCGAUCGAUUCCACUCAGCAAGACCCAGAAAUCAUUGAGGCCAUCCUCCGGUCUGGCGGUAUCUUCGCCACAAUCAACACUGCGGACGACAUCGGCAAGGUCGUGGCUCAGGCCCUGCUUAACGGUUUGGUCGGCGAGCCGGGCAAGACAAAGGUCAUUCUGCUGUCGGACGUGGAGACAGCGGGCAUGCUUGACCAGACGGGAUCUAACACCUUCACAUAUACAGCUAAGGAAGGAGAGGAAUUCAAUGUGACUCUCACAUCCGAUGACCGGGACCCCGUCUCCCUCAAGGUCACUCUGCGGGACCCAUCUGGAAAGGAGGUAGCCUCAGCCGUGACUGACCCCGACACCGGUGUUGCCUUCGUGGAGUACACCGCCCAAGCAGCUGGCACCAUCACUAUUGAGAUCACACCUGAGGGAAACAAGAAGUCGGGCCUGUUCUCGGUUAAGCUCCUUAGCUCGCUCGAUCCCUGCGCAGAGAGCCCUGUCCAAAUCCCUCCGAGCAACUCAACUUACAUCCCAACACAGUCAUACCACCCGCCUUCCCCUACUGGCACUUCGGUGGUUACAGCAGCGGCUGCUCCAAUGGGCAACGCUAACCUGGCCGUGGGAUUCGGCCUUCUUUUGCUUCCGACCGUCUUUGGGGUGCUGUACUAG